GUGUGCUCUUUAGAAAGAGUACAUUCUGGCUAAGUUUAGGAGCCUGCCACCAAAGUCUAUUUCUUUCUCUUCUGUGGGUUCUGCUUGCCUCCUUACUGUGCGAUCUUUCUGAUAAGCUAUCAGAAAGCCAGAAUGUUACGUAGUCAGUGCUCCCAGCUCCUCUCCCACCCAGAGUGACGUUCUUAUCUAGUCCUUGAGUAAAUGAAUGCUGAGUCUUCUCCAUGCUAUGAACACACCCCCACCCAGCCCUCAUUCUUUCCAUCUUCUUGCUGAGUGUUCCUGGCUCUGUGCUUCCUCUUGGCCCAUCUCACUUCCUGAAACACCACUGAAGAGCAUUGCUUGUCUUGAUGGAGCUUAAGUAGCCCUCCAGGGGCAGGGGAACUAACAGAAGCAGCAUUUUCACUUUCAGCCCACAUAGAACUGUCCUCCAGGCUUCUGGGAGCCCAGGGGUGUACGGCCUGCAUUGGGGCUGAAAGUGAUGGCCCUGUGAUGGACUGUCUCUAAGGAGCGGGGGAGAGGGGAUUCCAACAGAGAAGAGAAGGAAUGGGCGAGUUGCGAGUUCUGGAUUGUGGCUGCUGCACCUGGACCUCUGGCGAGAUGUCUGGCAAGAGCUAGGCUGACUGGUCCACACGGAUCUUGUUGGCACAAAUGUCACCUGGGAGGCUACACCUGGAAAGCGAGAUGCCUGUCAACAGCACUGCCGUGUCCUUGGCCAAUGCUACCUACAUCACUGUGGAGAUUCUCAUUGGGCUCUGUGCCAUAGUGGGCAACGUGCUGGUCAUCUGGGUGGUCAAACUGAACCCCAGCCUGCAGAACACCACCUUCUAUUUCAUUGUCUCCCUAGCCCUGGCUGACAUUGCUGUCGGGGUGCUGGUCAUGCCUUUGGCCAUUGUCAUUAGCCUGGGUGUCACAAUCCACUUUCAUAGCUGCCUUCUCAUGACCUGCCUGCUGCUGAUCUUCACCCACGCCUCCAUCAUGUCCUUGCUAGCCAUUGCCGUGGACCGAUACCUGCGGGUCAAGCUCACGGUCAGAUCUAGGAUUCCUAAGACCCUUGGGUCCAUCUGGUCAUCCCAGUUGAAGGUUCACUUCCUUCCAGUCAUGAGGCUCUUCAUUCUGCUCUCCUUGACUGUCUUUUCAGAUGCUAUGGUCAUGGAUGAAAAGGUCAAGGAAAUCUUUGUGCUGGACACAGCUUCUGCCAUCUGCAACUACGAUGCCCACUAUAAGGACCACCCCAAAUACUGGUGCCGAGGUUAUUUCCAGGACUAUUGCAACAUCAUUGCCUUCACGCCCAACAGCACUGACCGCGUGGUCCUGAGGGACACAGGAAACCAGCUUAUUGUCACUGUGUCCUGCCUGACCAAGGAGGAUAUGGGCUGGUACUGGUGCAGCAUCCAGCGGGACUUUGCCGGGGAUGACAUGGAUUUUACAGAGCUGGUUGUCACUGACAACAGAAGAGCCCUCGCCAACAAUUUUUGGUCUGGGAGAGACCUAUCAGGCAACAAGAACAGAAGCUGCAGUUCUUCCAAAGUUGUCCACAAGGCAGAUCACUCCAGGAUGACCAUUCUCAUCGUUUGCUUGCUGAGCACGGGCUUGGGGAUCAUCUCUAUAAUCAGUUACUUGUCCAGAAGAAGGAGAGGUCAAAUGAGAAGGGGUAAAGGCCUAGCCAGAAGCCAGAAAAGCAGCCAAGCUUCCUCUGUGGUCCCCACACUUCCGGUAAGUUCCCUCCUUGACUCUCCUAUCCUGGGCCCUGUGCCCACCACACUCUGAUCUGUAGGGCGCCCUAUUCCUAAAUAGAAGAAGGCCACCAUGUGGUGAAUUGGUUAGCCUCUCAAGUGGACACAGGGUAGAGAGAGCAUCACCGACAAGUGCCACUGUUUGUCUAAUAGGUUUUUUGUUGUUUUCUUUUUAUGCUCAGAAGCCACAGAAAUACCUUGGGCAAUGGAGAGACUGUAGGCAUAAUUACAAAACAGACUCCAACCUCCUCUGGGUAUGGAACUGUAGAAAACAACAUUUUAGAGAAUGAGAGAACACAAACAAACCAGAAACACCUGUUAAUGAAACACAGGGUCUACAGCCAGACAAACCUGAAAUCCAAAGCUAAGGCUGUGAGGCCUCAUUCUCUGUCUGUGAUAAUUUGGCCCCGGGGGCAGAGCAGGAGUCCUGAGAAAUCAAAGCAGUGGCUCCCAUGGCAUUUCUGGCCUUUUGCCGUU